AAUGGCUCACCUGAAGUUCCUCCUACUCCUCCUGUUUGUUGGUUUCACAUUGUGCACAGAGGUGGAUUUGCACAAGAGAAUCUUUCACGACCAUAGCUGUGAGAAAAAUGAUCGUCUGUAUCAUGUGAAAAUAACUGCAACCAAUCGAACACAUGAUUCUCUAUGUGGCGGCUCUCUGAUCCGCAGCGAGUGGGUUCUAACUGCAGCUCACUGUUGGAAAGAUCAACCUGGAUGGAAUAUGUCUGCAUAUGUAGGAAUUCAUCCAGGUCCAGGAAGAAUUGCGAGAAUUAUUGAUCACAAAAUCUUUGAGGACCAAACAGGAAAACAUGACAUCAUGCUUCUGAAAAUCGACCCACCAGAGAAUAAAAUUAAGCCUGUUGUCUUACCUAAAUGUACACGUCGUAAAAAGCUGGAUGUCAUUCAGAUUGCAGGCCUUGGUCGUUAUACGGUUGAUGUAAACUACAACAAACUCCGUGGUGAACCGCCUCAUCUCCAGUGUGCAAAGAUGCAUGUUGUUAAGUGUGGGCUUAACCUCCAUCCAUGUGAUUCAACAUUAUUAUGGCCAAAUGGAAACACGAUGUGUCACAAAGAACCUCGAGUGGACGUAUGUCAGGGUGAUUCUGGUGGUGGAGUGAUAGCCAAAAACAACAAGAUUCAUGGUGUGUAUGUUGGUGGUAAAAAAUGUGCCUGUACCGGACCAGGUAUUUCUCUGAAGGUCUGCUCUUACAUUGGUUGGAUAAAUCAAGUCAUUACACGGAGUAAUGGAAAAUAAUAAAAUGAAAAU